UGAAACUAUCGCUUUUUCAGCAACCGUGUUCCGUAAAUAACCUUUUUUCAGGAACUAACGGAACUAACCGAACAUUUCCUAUCUAUUUACGGAACGGAAAACUACUAACCGAAACAACCAAGUUGAUUUACGGAACACAUACAGUUCAUUGCAUACCCUAUGGGAGACUACUUCCGUUUCCCGUCUGAUUGAAGACAUCUGUCAUAUUCUCAGUGUCAACUGUCACAUUAAGUAUUUCCUCUUUUAGGUGGUGGCCAUUGCUGUCUUGUUGGCUAACUUCAAAAUAUUUCAUGAAAGUUCUGCGGAAUUUAUCAAUUUUUCUUGUAAUUUUCUCUUUAAUGUGAAGUCUAGUAGAUCUAGCUAAUAUUCAAGAUGGCAAGAUACGGUCAAAGACCUGAAAAUGCUUUGAAGCGAGCGAAUGAAUUCAUCGAAGUCGGCAAACCCGCUAGGGCUCUAGAUACUCUUCAAGAAGUAUUCCGCAAUAAAAAAUGGGCUUACAACUGGUCGGAAUCGGUGUUAGAACCGAUCAUGUUCAAAUAUUUGGACCUUUGUGUGGAACUCAAGAAAUCACACAUUGCCAAAGAAGGCCUGUUCCAAUACAGGAAUAUGUUCCAAUCAGUCAAUGUAGGCUCUUUGGAAAAUGUUAUCAGGGGAUACUUGCGAAUGGCUGAAGAGAAAACUGAAAAUGCUAGAGAACAGUCUGCACAGGCAGUUAUUGAUAUUGAUGAUCUGGAUAAUUUAGCUACUCCUGAAAGUAUAUUGUUGAGUGCUGUUUCUGGUGAAGAUGCUCAGGAUCGGUCAGACCGUACAAUUCUUACUCCUUGGGUCAAAUUUUUAUGGGAAUCUUACUGCCAGUGUUUGGAGCUUCUGCGUACUAAUGCACAUGUGGAAAAUCUCUAUCAUGAUAUAGCUAGGAUGGCAUUUCAGUUCUGUCUGAAAUACAACAGAAAGACUGAAUUCAGGAAAUUAUGUGAUAAAUUGAGAAAACAUCUAGAAGACAUAUGUAAACUGCCUACCCAAGUGGCCAAUGUCUCUAUGUCCAAACCUGAGACUCAGCAACUGAAUUUGGAAACAAGGCUUCAUCAGUUAGAUUUUGCAAUUCAAAUGGAAUUAUGGCAAGAAGCAUACAAGGCUAUUGAGGAUAUUCACAAUUUGAUGAAUCUUUCAAAGAAAAUGCCAGUACCCAAAACUAUGGCCAACUAUUAUCAAAAAUUAGCUAUGGUUUUCUGGAAAGCUGGAAAUUAUCUUUUCCAUGCAGCUGCUCUGUUCAAAUUAUUCCAGUUGUCUAAAGAAAUGAAGAAAAACAUAACACCAGAAGAGUUGCAGAGGAUGGCAUGUAGAGUACUGAUUGCCACUCUGGCAAUACCCUUACCUUCAGCACAUCCAGAAUUUGAUAGAUUCAUUGAAACUGACAAGUCACCCUUGGAAAAAGCACAACGUUUGGCUGUUCUUUUGGGCUUAUUCCAACCACCUACCAGGGGUAGUCUUUUGAAAGAUUUGGCGAGAACUAAUGUAGUAAACCUAGCCAGCCCCCAACUCCAAGAUCUCUACAACUGGCUCGAGGUCGAAUUCCACCCACUUCUCCUCUGCACCAAAGUCCACGAGGUGAUUAUAUCUCUGGAACUGGAAGAGAAUUCCGCCCUCCAGCAGUACAUCCCUGCCCUGCAGGACGUCACCCUCGUGCGUUUAGUGCGUCAGAUAGCUCAGGUUUACCAGACGAUCGAAUUCGCCAGGUUGAUCCAGAUCGCCAGAUUCACCACUUCUUUCCAUUUGGAGAGACUGCUGGUGGAUUGCGUGCGUCACAACGAUAUGCAGAUACGGAUCGAUCAUGGCAAGCAGUGCAUACACUUCGGAAUGGAUCUGAGCGAGAGCCAGAGAGAGGAUAAACCUGAAGGGCCCACUUUGCAGGUUAUGCCCAGCGAGCAAGUGAGGAAUCAGCUGGUGAAUAUGUCUACUGUGCUCAAUCGGGCUAUCAGCGUCAUCAAUCCCAAUAGGAAAAAGUUGGAACGGGAGAAAAUGAGAACUUCAAUGGUUCAAAACUACCAUGAAACAAAGGAGAGAGAGCACCACAAGGUACUCCAAAGACACAAGAUAAUUGAAGAUAGAAAAGAAUACAUUGAGAGAUUGAACACUGUCAGAGAAGAAGAGGAACAAAAGAGGAUAGACGAAAUUCAUAAAUUACAAGUGGCAGCUGAACAGAAACGUUUGGAACAAGAACGUGAAGAGAGAGAACGAAAGCGCCACCAAAAUGAAAUACAACAAAUCAAAGAUAGACACUUGAAGGAGAAAUUACAGCAGAUCAGUCUAACUGGGCAUGGGCAGAAAAUCCUGAAGAAACUAGAUGAAGAUGACAUCAAGAAACUGGAUGCCGAUCAGAUCGCCGCCAAGGAAGCCGAAGAACUGCAGAAAGAACGUCGAGAGCUGCAGGCGAAGCUCAAGUCGCAGGAGAAGAAGGUGGACUACUUCGAGAGGGCCAAACGCCUCGAGGAGAUUCCCCUUCUGCAGGCGAACAUGAAGGAGCGCCAGCUGCUCGACCAGACGUUCUGGGAGCAGCAGGAGAAGGAGCGCAUCGCGGCGGCGGUGGAGGAGCGCCGUCUGGCGGUGGCGGCGCGCGAUCGACUCGCGCACAUGCGCGCCGACAAGGACGCCUUCCUGGCCAGGUUGAAGCGGGAGCGGAACGAUGUGUACGAGGACAAGUUGAGGGAGUUCGAUACAAUGCUGGCGGAGGAGAAGAGGAGGCGGCUGGUGGAGAGAAGGGCGAGGAGGAAGGAGGAGAGGCGGGCGCAGUACCUCAAGGAGAAAGAAGAAGAAGCGGCCCGCAAAGCGGAAGAGCAACGCCGCAGAGAGGAGGAGGAGCGACAGCGCCUCGAAGAGCAAGCGAGGAGGGAGCGCGAGGAGCAAGAGCGAAUCGAAAGAGAACAGCUGGAGAGGCAGAAAAAGGAGAACGAGGAGAUGUUGGAGAGAGUAGCGGCCAAGCAAAGGGCGAGGACGGAGGAGAUCGAGCGGAAGCUGGCGGAGGAUAGGGAGAGCAACAGAGGGGAGAAGGAGAAGGACGCGUGGAGAAGGGGAGGCGCGGAUAAGGAUGGGCCCAAGAGAGAGACGAGCUCUUGGAGGAACGCUAAUGAGGAGCCGAAGAAGGCGACAGAAGCCUGGAGACCUCGCUUCAAGAACACGGAAGAAUCCUCACCAUCCGCAUGGAGAAGAGGCGACGACGGACCUCGCAGAGAUGAGGGACCUCGCAGAGAUGACGGACCUCGCAGAGACGACGGACCUCGCAGAGACGACGGACCUCGCAGAGACGACGGACCUCGCAGAGAUGACGGACCUCGCAGAGAUGACGCACCUCGUAGGGACGACAGAAACGAUGACGAUCGCAAAGCCACCUUCGAUAGAGACAGCAAAUCCGACAGAUUCGGAGACAGAGAUGGCAGAUUCUCGAGGGACCGUCGCGAAGACAGAGACAGAACGUACGAUCGCCGCGAUGACAGAGACGAUAGAAGGGGCGGAGACGAUAGAAGGGGCGGGGACGAUAGAAGGGGCGGAGACGAUAGAAGGGGCGGGGACGAUAGAAGGGGCGGAGACGAUAGAAGGGGCGGAGAUGAUAGAAGAGGGGGAGAUGAUAGAAGGGGCGGGGACGACAGAAGGGGCGGGGACGAUAGGAGAGGCGGGGAUGAUAGGAGGGGCGGGGACGACGGAGGCAGUUCGUGGCGUAUGACUAGGAAGCCAGACGAGGAGCGUAGGCCUCCUAUGAUAAGGAGGGAGAUCAGAGAGGGAAAUUCGGAUGCAUGGCGGGCGAAUAGGGACAGAGACGGCGAUCGCAAGGACGAGCGGAAAGCGGCUCCGGCUCCAAGGGAGAAACCUGCGCCCCGUGAGCCACCAGCAAAACAAGAAGGUGAAGAGGGCUGGUCCCAAGUUGCCGGAAGACGUCGUUGAACUAUUAAUCCAGUUUCGCAUUCAUGUAUUCAAAAAUCUGUAAUAAUGUAUGCUUAAGAGUGAAAAAUAAUAUGUAUUUUCAUUUGCAUUUCAUGGAAAAUGGUAGUUGAUUUAUUGUUAUUUUAUGCAGAACUGGUUUUAUUAUAUCUACAUAUGAAUGCAGUGCAUGGAAUAAAAUAGUUAUUAUUUUAAUCAAAAAUAAAUCCAUUGAAAUUAG